CUCUUUGCAGCGAUUGCCGCCCGCUUCAAGCUCGAGGACACUGCCAUGGUGCUGAUCGACCAUCAGGUGGGCACCUGUAGCUGGAUCAACUCCAUCGACCAGAAGACGCUUCUCAAGAACACCGUCAUCCUGGCCAAGUUCGCCGCCGCGACCGGCAUGCCCACCGUGCUGACGUCAUCCAUGGAGACCAACGUGCAGGGCCUGCUCCUGCCCGAGAUCCAGGAGGCCCUGUCCGACGCCUACGAGAAGCGCGUGAAGCGCGUGGGCGUCGUCAACGCCUGGGACGACGAGGCCUUCACGGCCGCGGUGCGCGCCACCGGCAAGCGCAACCUCGUCAUGGCCGGCGCGACCACUGACGUGUGCCUCGUGCCGCCCGCCACGUCAGCAGUGCUCGAGGGCUUCAACGCCGUCUUGGAUGCGUCCGGCUCCCAGACCGUCAUGGAGGACCAAACGGCGUGGAAGCGCAUGGAGAAAGCGAACGUCAGGCUGACCACCACCAAUGCCAUCGUGUCCGAGCUGGUCUACAAUUGGGCCACCCCGGCGGGCCAGGCUGGCUUUGGCCUCCUCGCCCCUGGAUCGUAA